AUGCCCCCUGAAAUGAUUGACAUCGAUUGUCCCUCUGCUCGCCGCGCAAAAUUAUACAUCGACCUUCUUCAAUCGGUGGCUUUAGAAGAUUCCUCAAGUUUGCAGGACGUCAUCUCCAAUAUCUCACUUGGCUCUGUCAUGAACCUUGAACUUCACGACUCUGAAUCUACUAUGCUGCCUGCAGUUGUUGACUCUCAUGGGACCACCAAUAUUUUGACCAAAGAAGACAUGCUUAGAUAUGGAUCCCCAUCGCGUCAUUUGCUGAACGGAACAACCCAACAAUUAUUACUAACCGAACUUCAUACUGAUGAAGGCCGCCCGCCCAGUGACACAGUGAUGGCUAUGGCCCAAUCUCUUCCUGAAGCCAUCAGGCUAACGAAGGAUCAAAUAGAAUCCUUGAACCAAGAAGUCAAGGUCCUAUCCUAUGACUUGAUAAACCUGAUGGCUGAGGCUGCCGAUAAGAGCAAGGAGCUCGAUAAUGAAUUGUGUAGGGCAACAUCCUUAGUUUUUCCUCAUUACCACGCGGCUCGAACGGCAUCUAUCGACUUGCUUGCGGCUGGGAUAGAGGCCUCUCUUAUCAAAUUGUCUUUAACGAAAGAACGUUCGGAACGCUCAAUCUACAAUUACCAGUCAGGUCCGAACAGGACCGCAGAAAGAAACACUGUAACACAUGCGAUUGAAAGGGCUUUUCGUGCACUCAAAGAUGAUGAAAAUGAAAUGGAUGCAGAAAUACGCUCCUUGGACAGCCAACUAGCAGAAUAUGAGACUUUGCUGAAUCUUGUAGACGGCGGGCACGGUGGAUAUCAACAAGUCAUAGAUGAUUGGACGAAAAUAAAGCAAGACACGGACGAGUGUUUGAAGGACCUUAGGCGCCUCGGUUGGACUGAAGAUACCUGUAUCACAUUCUCCAAGUGA